GGUCUUGGCAUAUAUAUUGAAGUUUUUCUGUAUUGUGAAGCCCAGAACCUCUUUUUCAUAGCAAUGUCGACAUCCGGUGACCAAAAGGCGCGGAAGGUGAAUAUCGAAGAGAUCGAUGAGACUACCGGGUUCAAGAAAGCCGAACAACAUGUGUGGAAGGCGUAUGCGUCCGCUUUCCUGACACCUGCAGAGGAGCCGGAGACGGAUGUGGAUGCGUGGACGGACGAUUUUUGUCAGCGCGCCGAAGAAAGUGGCGCUAUUUUCGAUCGCAACUUUGUGAAGUCGGUGUGCACCUUGGGCAUCUACGCAGGUCCGCGCGACGAGUUCCAGCAGCGCUCCGGUAGCGGCAAAGCCAUUUAUGCCAUUGGCGACACGUACGAGGGAGAAUUUUUCGAAGGCAAAAAGCACGGAAGCGGUCAAUACACCUUUGUGAGCAAGGGACGCAGCGAAGCAGACCGUGUGGUGCUCAAAGAGGUGGAGCUGCUUGGAAAGGCAGGCGUUGAUGCCAAAGAUGCUAUCGACGAGAUAGCUGAGAAAUUGCAGCUUGGCCGGAACAUCGUGGAAGGCAUUUUGAUGUACGGCACUCAUCCUUGCUACCGUGGCGACUACGUUCGCGGGAAGCGGACCGGGAGGGGAAUUAUGAAAAACAAAGAUGCGACCAUCUACAAAGGCGAGUUUCUUGAAAACAAACGCCACGGCCAAGGCGUGUUCUACUACCUCAACGGUGACAUUUAUUCCGGCAACUGGAAAAAUGGCAGCAAAGACGGAUACGGAACAUAUCACUUUGUGAAUGGAAGUGAGUACCGUGGCGAGUGGGUGCAGGGCAACUUCACACAGGGCCAGUGGAUUCUCCCAGGAGGAGCGUACUAUGAGGGAAAGUUUGACAAGAAAAACCGUCCACUAGACGAUGCGGCUUCUAUGCAUUAUCCCAGUCUUGAGAUGGCUCAAACGGGCGCCUUUAAGCGUGGUGUGUGGGCUCCGACGAGUGCGCUGCAGAUCUGCUCCGAAGUGCCAGUAGAUGGCAUGGCGUGGGCGGACUAA